AUGGUCCUCGCGCAACCCCAAAACCAGCAUGUCUCCAAGGCGUUCGAUCUGACCGGCAAAGUGGCCAUCGUCACUGGCGGUGCCCGUGGGAUCGGUCUCGAGGUUUCUCGCGGUCUCGCGGAAUCCGGUGCAAAUGUGGCUAUUAUAUACAACUCUUCCAAGACAGCCGAGGCCACUGCUGCCGAAAUAGCCUUGACAAGCAAUGUUAAAGCUGCGGCUUACCAGGCCGACGUUACGAACCAGGCGGACAUUGAGGCCGCUGUGCAGAAGGUGGUUAAGGACUUUGGGAAGGUCGAUAUCAUGAUUGCCAACUCGGGCAUUGCAUCCUGCGUUGCUGCCGAGGACUAUACUACCGAGCAGUGGAGCGAUAUCAUGAAGGUCAAUCUCGAUGGUGCUUUUUACUCGGCACAAGCAGCCGCUCGCAUCUUCAAAGAGCAGGGCUUCGGAAACGUGGUUUUCACGGCCUCUGUCAGCGCCACGCUGGUAAACGUUCCACAGAAGCAAGCAGCGUAUAAUGCCUCCAAAGCCGGUGUCGUUCAGCUAGCCAAAUGCCUGUCCGUGGAAUGGGUGGACUUUUGUCGUGUUAAUUGCAUUUCCCCUGGAUUCAUUGCAACCGAUAUUCUCGACAUUCACCCUGUCGAGUGGCGCGAAAAGUGGCUCAGCAUGAUCCCUGCUAAUCGAAUGGCCCAGACAUACGAGCUGAAGGGGGCGUAUGUAUUCUGCGCCUCCGACGCUUCGAGUUACAUGACGGGUGCGAACAUCGUGAUUGACGGUGGAUACACGUUGCCUUGA